GUCUUUAAGGAGCUCCACCUGGACACAAUUCCCACUGGUGGUAGUCAAUAGGGACACCAUCAGUUUCCCUGAAUUCACUAGCAAUAAGGAUAAAUGUGAAAUUCAUGGAAGAGCUCAGAAGAGAUAAUUGGGAAUUAGAUUAAUGGAAUGGGUGCGAGGAGAGUUAAAGGUGUGUUGGAGUGUUAAAUGUAGUGAGGUCACAAAUAGAAUGCUUUUCCCAGUGAUAACUGAAACCUCUUUUAUUUCAGCUCCCAUACUUUGUCCAGGAAAUCAAGUCUACCAGGAAUGCGGAUCUCCCUGCUUGUCGACUUGCUCCAAUCCACAGACCACGUGCGACAGUUAUGGCACGUACGGCUGCUUCUGCCCCGCAGGGACUGUUCUUGAUGAUAUUACUGCCAACAACAGAUGUGUUCAGCUGAGUCACUGUCCCUGCACUCUAAAUGGACAAGUCUUCGCUCCUGGAGGUUCCGUCAAUUCACCGUGCAAAACCUGCAAAUGCAGCAUGGGGAAAUGGAACUGCAUCAAUCUACCUUGUCCUGGCCGAUGUUCUAUUGAAGGGGGCUCAUUUGUGACCACAUUUGAUUUCAGACAAUACAGAUUCCAUGGAGUCUGCACUUACCUCCUUGUCAAAAGUCGUAAAAUGCCCGGUGAUGGCACAAUCGAAGCAGUUUUUGAGAAAUUGGGUGUUAGAUAUUCAGAAACCCAGCUGACAAAGAUAAUCUACGCCACAAAUCAGAAAAAGAUCGUAAUUUUCCAGAAAGGCAUUGUGGAAGUUGACAACGAAGUCAAGCAGCUACCGUAUCGAGAUGGAAAUAUUGUCAUUUACUGGCAAUCUUCCAGCUACAUUCAAGUAAAAUCUACUUUUGGUCUGGAGAUGCAAGUUCAAAUUCAUCCACUCUUGCAAUUGUACAUCAUCGUAGAUGAAACCUUCAGCACAACCACUCACGGACUAUGCGGCAAUUUUGACAGACUUUCUCUGAAUGACUUCAACAGUAGUAUGGGAAUCGAGGAGGGGACUGCUGGCAGUUUUGUAGACUCCUGGAGAGUUAUCGAACAUUGCAAGUGUGCUCAUGAUAAAGACUGCGACCCCUGCUCACUCAGCCAGUCGAACGGAGUCACUUGCCACAGUGAUCAUGUUUUUGAUUAUGAUUGCAAGGCGUGUAACCGCACCUGCUUCUCACUGUCUAAUCCAAGCCUUGAAUGCACUAAUAUUGGAGUUCCAGUGGAUGGAUGCAUUUGCCCACCAGGCACCUUCCUCGAUGAUAACAACAUGUGUGUCACUGAAUCGAGCUGUCCAUGCUUUCUGCCUGAUGGAGCUGUGAUACCUCCUGGCAAGAGUACUGACAUUUUGGAUCACAUUUGCUUUUGUAAGAAUGGGAAACUUGAUUGUUCUAUUCGUUCACUUGUUCCUGAAGUCUGGUGUGACCCUCCUAAAAUUUACUUUGAUUGUGCACAUGCGAAGAAGUUUGAAUAUCGAGCAGCUUUUGCACCGACGUGUCAGAUGCAUGCUACAGAAACACCUUUUCUAGAACCCAAGUGUAUUUCUGGCUGUAUGUGCCCACCAGGAAUGUUGUUGAACGAGAAAGAUCAAUGUGUCUUUCUUGAGGACUGUCCGUGUGAAUUCUGUGGGGUGUUUUAUCGUCCCGAAGCGACUAUAGUAAAAGAAUGCCAGAAAUGUAUUUGCUUUAGAGGUAAAUGGGAAUGCACUGGAGAUGCAAAGUGUCCUUCAACCUGUGUGAUUCAUGGAGAAGGGCAUGUGACUACCUUCGAUGGAAAACAAUAUGUAUUUGAUGGCAGUUGUGAAUAUACUCUUGUUCAGGAUGCUUGUUCUGUUAAUUACAGACUGCCUUCAUUCAAGAUAGUGACAGAAAAUAUUAUUUGUGGUACAAAGGGUGUGGUCUGCACUAAGUCCAUCAAGAUCUACCUUGAGGAGGUCCUAAUUAAACUGGCAGAUGGACACUAUACAUUAAUACCUCCAAAUGCUGCCAAACGUUUUAAAGUGGUCAGCAAUCCACUGUAUCUAAAAUUUGAUUUUGUGAUCAAGGCAAAGCUUGAACUAACAGUCAUCUGGAAUAAGAACAUGAACGCACACAUUUCCAUUACCAGACUCUCUAAGUUUCCAGUGUGCGGACUGUGUGGUAAUUACAAUGGCAAUGUGGAUGAUGAAUACAUAACCCAGAACAAAUAUUUAGUGUCCAAUUUACUGGUCUUCGCAAACUCUUGGAAGGAAGAUACCAUGUGUAGAGAUGUAACUGAAGUUGCAACUCCAUGUCACAAAAAUCCGUAUCGUUUUGCCCGGGCUGAAAAGAUGUGUGCUAUAAUUAACAGUAAAGUGUUUGAAUCAUGUCACAAAUUGGUUUACCGAAUGCCGUAUUACGAUAAUUGCGUUCGAGAUGCUUGUGGUUGCGAGCUGGUUGGGGACUGCGAGUGUCUCUGUGAUGCUGUUGCUGUCUACGCUAAAGCUUGCAUUGAUGCUGGUGUCUGCAUCGACUGGAGAACCCCGGACUUCUGCCCGGUGUACUGUGAUUACUACAACACCCGGAAGCUGCACACCACCUUGAGAGAAAUUGCUCAGUUUGGCUCAACUAGAUGGCACUACCAACCAUGCCUGUGCCCCGCCAACAUUCAUAUCUUCGGGAAGUUCAACAUGGAAGGUAAGAGCGUUGAUUUUGUGUUAACUGUAAGAACAUUUAGAGAACCGCAAAUGUUGGCCUAAAACAAAAGCAGAUGUGACCUAAUGAAGGAAAUUAUUUUUGAGAAUGAAUCGAAACAUGGAUUGAAACCUUCAAUUAAUACUGAACAUUGUUAUGUGAAUCAAUAGGAGGAUUUCAUACAAAUUAAAUUGUUUGGCAUAUAACUCUGAUGCGUUAUUUCUAUACAGUCAGAUACAGAUCCAUACAUUUCUACUUAAGGAGUAAAAUUGUUUUCUGGUGAUUCAACAUAUCAACAAUCUGCAUGAAGUUAUGAACUUCCUUGUUUUUUUUUUAAAGGUUGCUAUGUUUGUGCUAAAGAUGAAUACUUUAAUGAAGACUUAAAACAUUGUGUAUCAUGUGGAACUCCUCCUGUACUCAGACCAACAG